GUGAAGCUUUAAAGGCACAAAGCUCUCAACAAGAGUUUAUUAUUUCUAAGCGUUUUGAAGAAAAAAAAUUGUAUAAAUUUCUUCAGAAGUCGAGAGGAUUUUGAAGUGAAGGCCAUGGCUGAAAAUAAAAUGAAGUCCGCACCUAUUCCACGCAUCGAACCAUUAUUAUAUCCUGUGAAUGGGAUCGUACAGCCUCCGGUCUUGCCUUUGCCAAGUCGUCCCGGUCGCAACACCAACGUGUUGGAGGAGCUGAAGAAGGUUUUGAACUUCCUCUGGCGCAGUCGCUGGUCCCAACACUUCAAAAAGCCAGUGAAUUCGAUUGUCUUGGGAAUUCCCGAUUACCACAAAGUGGUUAAGCGUCCCAUGGAUCUCUCCACAAUCAAGAAGAGAUUGGAGAAUAAUUACUACUGGCAGGCUGACGAAGCUUUGGAAGACUUUCAAUUGCUGUUCAACAACUGCAUGUUGUACAAUCAGGAGGGUACUCCCGUGUAUAUCGCUGGAAAGGAGUUGCGAGACUUGUUCUAUUCCAGGCUUGUGCCAAUUGACUUGGACAAGGAGAUGGUGGUUAAGCCCAAGAAGGAUAAGAAGAAGCGCAAGUUUUCGUAUGUUUAGGAAGGCAUAGUUGUAAUUAUCGCUAUCAUCAUUACACAAUCAUUAUACAAUAAGCGCAUCCUACACUCAGAGAGCCGAUAAUUCGAUCUAAUACAAGCUCUUGAUAUAAUUAACAUGUGUUAUCUUAUUGAAAUAUAACUAUACUAUAUUUAU